GAUACUAAUGCGAGAAACUUUUUUGGAGACAUAAAGAGCUGCAAAAAAACUUGUGGUCACAAGUAUCCAGUCACCCCAGAUUCACUGAGGCCUCAUUAUUAUGUCACUCCGACAAAGAUUCACACAAGGAAAAUGGAAACUUACCACAAUUUUUCGGAGCCGGUAGAUUCGCAGCCGACAACGCCUUUAAACACUUCAACGACGAACAUUUCAACAAAGGCAAACACAUCACCAGUGACGGAAAAAGCAAAAGGAACAGCAACAAUAAAAAUAAAGAUAACAACAAAACCGGAAACAACGACUACGCAAACGAUGACGUUUACUGAUGCGCCAUCGCAAAGAUCAAUUACCGAUUUUGAGAGGAAAGUGGACACUGCACCGAAGUUAACGCCUGUUUCUACCAUGAAGACCGCUGAGACUAAUGAGACAGAAUCGCCUAUUUCAAAAUCGCCUCCGUUUCCUUUGACCACAAGUGAACUCACGGAU